GAGCGAGAGAGAGAGAGAGAGAGAGCGAGAGAGAGAGAGAGCGCGAGCACAAGUGUGUGUGUGUGUGCGUAUCUGAGAGCGAGAGAGAGAGCGCGAGCACAAGUGUGUGUGGCGGUCCCAGGAUGCCACAGUAGUGGCAGCGGAAGGGCUGGUCCAUUGAGCUGCGGAUUCCGCCUGGUCCUUUCUCUCGUUAUGGAAUGCCUGUGCCCUGCCCCCUGGCCCCCCUGCCCUCUGUAGGAUCCUCCCUCGGUCACCCCUGGCACCGGACACUGGCACUGCACCCAGCCGACCGCUUCUCGACUAUCCCCGGCUCCUGUGGGUUUUCGGUGCCCGCGUUCUCGCCCCCUCCUCACCCCGGGGAAGAUGUCUCUGAGCUUGGGGCCGGACAUCCAGCAGGAGGGGGAGAGCGGCCCACUCGCUGACACGGGGGCAAGUAGCAAGUGCAAAGCCAGUGCCCAGCCGCCCCAGCAGGGCAAGGAGGGCGGAGGAGAUGCCCCUGAGCCCGAGGACAACCUCCAGCAGGACUCUCAGAGGCGAUCCCAGAACCACGGCCAUGGGAGGAAGAGAGCGAAGUCCAAUGCCAAGCUGAAGCUGGUGCGUAGCCUUGCGGUGUGUGAGGAGUCCUCAGGUCCAUUCUCAGCUGAUGGACCCCCAGAGACUCAGGAUAUCAUUCAGCUGCAUAUCAGCUGCCCCUCGGACAAAGAGGAGGAGAAGUCCUCCAAAGACGAGUAUGAGAACGAGGAGAAGGAGAAGAAGGACAAGAGCGUGCGGAGAAACCUCUCCCGUGACUCCAGUCAAGAGUACACUGACUCCACUGGUAUCGAUGUGCACGAGUUCUUGGUCAACACACUGAAAAACAAUCCCAGGGAUCGAAUGAUGCUGCUCAAACUGGAACAAGAUAUCCUGGAGUUCAUUAAUGACGACAAUAACCAGUACAAGAAGUUUCCUCAGAUGACCUCCUACCAUCGCAUGCUGCUGCACAGGGUGGCUGCGUACUUCGGCAUGGACCACAACGUGGACCAGACCGGCAAGGCCGUCAUCAUCAACAAGACUGGCAACACGCGCAUCCCUGAGCAAAGGUUCUCUGAGCACAUAAAGGAUGAGAGAAACAUGGAUUUCCAGAAGAAGUUCAUCCUGAAAAGGGAUGAUGCCAGCAUGGACAAGGAUGAUAAUCAGAUCCGUGUGCCGUUGCAGGACGGGCGGCGCAGCAAGUCCAUUGAGGAGCGAGAGGAGGAAUACCAGCGGGUACGAGACCGGAUCUUUGCCCGUGAGGUGUUCUUUUCUUUUCAGUCCUCUCAAAAUGGAUACAUCAACGACAACAGACUUUCCACUGAAGGCUAUUCCUCUAGUUCUCAAAAGAGGAGGCAGAUCUUUAGGGGGAACCGUGAGAGCUCGAGCAGGGCGUCGAGCAGCCGGCAGAGCAGCACGGACAGCGACAUGAAGUGUGUGGAGCCGCGGCCGUGGAGCAGCACCGACUCGGACAGCUCCAACCGCACACUGCGGCCGCCCGUCACCAAGGCCAGCAGCUUCUCUGGCAUCUCCAUUCUGACGCGCGGGGACAGCCUGGGCAGUGCCAAGGGCUCCCAGGGCAGCGCCAGGGGCUCUCGCAACGCGCUCCCCCCGGCCACCCUGGACGUGUGCCCCCCGGCGGCCGCUCCACAGACGGCCCGCAGCCUGCUGCCCUGCCCGUCCAACCCGCCCCAGCAGCAGAGCCAGCCACCCCCUCCCCCACCCCAGCAGGCCCUGCUGCCCACGCCCACCCAGCACCCCAUGGGCAACCACAUGAUGGGCCAGCCGGUGGGUGCUCUGCAGCCCUCUCCACAGCCUGUCUCCUACUCCAGCCCUUCCUGUCCCCAGGUCCUCCUGCCCGUCUCUCCUCCCCAGCAGUACAACAUGGGUGACGAGCUGACUCCUCAGUUUGGCCAGAUGACCCUAAGCCGCCAGGGCUCCAGCGAGAACCCAGAGGGGCCGCCGAUGUACCAGACGGCGCCGGCCGUCCUCUCCCAGCACCCCCCGCCCCAGACCGGCUACAUCAUGGCCGCCCCCGCGGGCCAACCCAUGGCCCCUCCCUCCGGCUACCAGCCCAGCGGCGCCCACUCCCAUCCUCCGCCGCCCCCUCCUCCGCCCGCUCAGCCCGUCAUGCAGGCUCCGCCUCCCCCGCAGGGCUACAUGCAGGCCCCUCCCCCCCAGCAGAUCCAGGUGUCAUACUACCCUCCAGGCCAGUACCCCAGCUCAGGCCAGCAGUACAGGCCCAUGUCCCACCAGGUGUCUUACCCCCAACAGCGUGCCCAGCCCAUGCCCCAGCCAGCACAGCAGUCUGCUGGUAUCCAGACUAUGAUGCCCAGUCAACAGCCAGCGUACCAGAGCUUGAUGGGGGUGCAGCAGCCUCAGAACGCCGGCAUGAUGAACUCCCAGAGAACCAACAUGGGAGGCCAGAUGCAAGGCCAGAUGCAGGGUCAGAUGCAGGGUCAGAUGCAAGGGCAGAUGCAAGGUCAGAUGCAAGGCAUGAUGGUCCAGUAUCCGCCAAUGCCCUCCUAUCAGGUGCCCGUGGCCAAUGAGAGCCAGCCGGUGGUGCAGCAGCAGUACCAGCAGCCAGUGAUGGUUCCUGCCACGCAGUCGGUACAGGGGCCCAUGCCAGGCACGGCCAUGCCAGUCUACUACAGCGUCCUAACGCCCACUCAGCAGAACAGCACAAGUCCGUCAGUGGGCUACUUGCAGUCGGCCAGCUCUGAGCAGUACCAGAUCACCCAGUCCCCUGCGCCAUGCAACCCCCAGCAGAUGCAGCAGCAAUAUUCAGGUGUACCACCUCCUGGUCCUGGGGUCAUGGUGAUGCAACUGAGUGUUCCAAAUGGACCCCAGCCCACCCAGAAUCCCCCCAUGGUCCAGUGGAAUCCCUGCAAGUACUACAGCCUGGAGCAACGACCCAGCAAGCCUGGGGAGCUCUACAAGCCUGACUCCAGUCCACAGGCCAGUAAUCAGCUGGGCAGCCCGCUGGCCUCGCCCGCCCAGUCCCCCACCCCGUCGCCGUCCGGCAGCGUCAGCAGUGUGUGCCCAGGCCUCGGCCCUCUGCCCCUCAUCUCCCAGUUCUCUCGGCCCGGAGGACCCGCACAAGGCGAUGGGCGCUACUCUCUGCUGGGCCAGCCACUGCAGUACAGCCUGUGCCCCCCGCCCCUCAUGCACAACCAGUCCUCCUACAGCUCCCAUCAGGGCCCAGGGGUCAUGAAGCACGGAGCACGAGGCAAAAAACAGACCCUCAAGUCUGCUUCCACAGACCUGGGUACCACUGAUGUGGUGGUGAGCCGGGUGCUGGAGGUGACGGACCUCCCCGAGGGGAUCACCCGCCUAGAGGCCGAGACGCUCUUCAACCAGCUCUCCCUGUGCGGCGCCAAGAUCCAGUGGCUGAAGGACGCGCACGCAGGCCCGGGCCAGCAUCAGCAUCAUCAGCAGCCACCGCGGGGAGGUCCAGGCCCCGGGUGCCCCUCUGGGGCGGGGCUCAGCGCCGGGGGCAAGGGGGAUGGCAGCGACCCGGCGUACCUCUACACGGUGGUGGCCGUGUUCCCCAGCACCAUGGCCGCCCAGAGCGCUUCCUUCAAACUCAACAACAGCGGAGGCAGCCUGUUCAAGCUACGCGCCGCCAGAAAGAACUAUGACCUGCACGUGCUGGAGCGCGCCAGCUCCCAGUGAACAGAGAGAGAGAGAGAGAGCAUGAGAGAGAGAGAGAGAGAGAGAGAGAGACAGAGAGAGAGACAGAGA